AUGAGUGGGUGAUCGCGUGAGAGAGACAAAAAUAACGUGGUGGGUAAGCGUCGUCGCGACCGGGAUACGAACCAACAGGUGAUGCUAGAGACACUCCCUUGGACUUGUUUCUUUCUUGAACACCAACGUCACGGUUCUUGUCGAAGGUUAACAAAAGUCACGCGUGUUUUCAUCCUCAAUAAGUGCAUCCUUGUUUUAGAUUUUUUACAACUUAUCCCACAUUUUUAUUCCUUUUUUACAUCAACUUAAAUAUGUUUAACUUUUACUACUCAUAAUACUUUAAGUGUUAAUAUAUUUAAGUGAUGAAGCAUUUGGACGUGACGAAAUUAUUUUAUAAAAAAUGUGACAAGUGAUUUAUUUAUUAGUUUCAUUUAUUUUAAUAUAUAUUUAUAUAUUUAUGUAGAGAUAACUGUUGAUUUAUGAAAGUGGUUAAUUAUUAAGUAUCAUAAAGAUGAAGUCAAAAUAAUAAUAUUUUGUGCAGACAGAAUCGAUCCACGUGGGAUUAGAUCCUUUUUAAUUUGCCCAAAGGUACCGCGCUUUAGCUUGUGUAGAACUUUGUGAAUAAAGAAAAAAAAAAGUAUGAAAAAGUAGUAAAACUGAAGUCAAGUACUACGAAGCUUUUUAUGAGAGAUAUUUUUUGUUUUUAUGGAGAUAUCACGAUUGAGCUUCCAUAUGAUGAAUAUGUGGAUGAAGAUAAAAAAAAAUACUUAUUUUAAAUAACACUUUUUUAUUUAUUUUUUUUUUCUGAUGAUAAUAAUUAUGAUUAUGAUAACUACUUUUAUAAUUAUAUUUUAAUUAAUAUUAUGGUGCGCGUAGAUUGUACUGUAUAGGAUGUAAUUAUGUUAAUUAGUGAGUUGUUAUUAUAUAUAGUGAAAAACAAAUGCGAGAGAUGAAAAUUCUACAAAGUUUUUUCCUAGUUUAAGUCGCGAGUUUCGAGAGUAAAUUUUUUUUGAAAAAUAAAAAAAAAGAAAAGCUAAAGUUGGAUAGUUUUUUUUAUUGACAGAGAAAAGUUCAAAGCGAAUUUAUGCUGGUAUUGGAACUGAUGGAAUUUUUUUUAACAGCGAAUAGUUUUAUGGGUAACAUGUUGUGACACGUAUUAAUUGCACUUUAAAAGUUUUUUUUUUAUUAUUGAGUUGGUUUUUAAGAGGAAACGAGAGCUGCUAAAUAAUUCUGAAGUUUCAGGAGCGUCCAGGAUGCCCCAGGGGAGUAUUCACUGGCAAGGGACUGAAAGGAGAGCCUGCGGUCCUGGUGCGCAGUGGAAUGUUCAGGUUGUACGGGGUAAAGUGACCACAAGAUGUCUGUGGCACGCUUGUAGAGCUUUGGGAAUUGGAUUACUGCUGAUGCUUUUAGGAGCUUGUAUGGCAACUAUCGGCUACUACGCAGAUCAGUUAUCCGUAGCGCAAGAGAUUAGAGGUAACAUGACGGUAAGAGUGAAGAAUGAAUCGAGAGGGUUUCAUCUCAAUAAUCUCAGUUACGCUGGACCUAUUGUUAUGGGAGUUGGCGGUUUUAUAGUAGUGGCGGCCUGUGUGAUGACCUUUGAAGCUCGUGAUAGCGCAGCGAAAGUUGUGCCGGCGCGAUAUCGCUUCAAUCAAAGUUCGUCAUCAAUAAAGUAUUCACGGAACCCACGACCACGUCGUUCAACGUCAUGUCAAACGACGCGUUGGGAUCAUCAAUUAGGUUUAUUUCGCGUGAAUCGCAGCCCAAGUCCAAGUGCCCAUGAGAUAGCGCGUAAGCAAUUGACAGCCGAGUUUAUGCGGUUCUCAAGAAAUCUUUACGACAAGGGAUCGCCAACUCACCCGCUAAAAAAAAGUCCAAGUGCACCGUCUUUGGUGAUGAAAAAAUCACCUUCUAAAAGAAAAGCCUCUAAGUUUUCUGGUUGUGCGCUUUUAAAUCCGGAAUUACUUCAAAGACACGCUUUGUCAGUUGACAAUCCACAAUACAGCCCUCCACGAGUCAGCAGAGAGAGUCUCGAGCACAAUAAAAUGAAUGGCAGUCAAGUUUCAAUGGCUAUGGAUCUUUACAUCCCUAACAAAGGACCUGUUACGCUCAAAGUUAAAGACAGAUCAGAUACUGCUAGACGACAUCAGUUAUUACGGCAAACUAAAAUUGAGGAUCUUGAUGAAGAAGAAGCGAAGCGAAUUCUCGCAAGAAGAAAACAACACUCUGAUUCAAUAGCUUACCCGCUGGGUGCAUGCACGAAAUUACCCGUGGACCUGAUUAUGUCACGUAAAAGAGCCUCGAUAGAUGUACGAUUAACCGACGAGCAUGGAACAACUGGCUUACUGAGUCGUGGUAACACUUCGCCCCGGGACUUUCGAAAGUCAUCCUCGUCUAACUUUCGAAAUAUGUCCUUUGACAGGGCGAGUGGCUGCGAGCGCCGUCCCGAUCGGCCAUUACGAAAAUCUAGUCUCGAUUUUAGAAAAAGUCCAGAUUUUCGGAGAUUCGAUAUUAGACAUUUUAUCGAAGAACUUGAUCAACGAGAAAGAUCGAAUACAACAGACAGUAUUCGACAGCGACAAAAAUUAUAUCAUUCAAGAUCCGAUGAUAAUAGACGUACGUCAUUCGAUCGAAAUCGCCGUGAUUCACAAAUCAGCCGUCAUUCAUUAAAUGUACCUAUUGUCGUUGAAGGCUGUAGUCCAGAAUACGAGCUCAAGUAUUAUGACACGAAUUCUCUUGAUAAAGACGAAAUAGGUUCAACUGUUUCCGACGACAGUCAUGGUACUGAUGUCAAAGAAAAUCAAGUAAGUGUCACCGUCUCCAUUGAAGAGUAUCCUAAUGACGUUGAUAUGCCAUUUACCCUCGUCGAGGAACCCGAGUUAGAAAAUAAUGCAGCAGAAAAUAAUAAUAAUAAUAAUAACAAUAAAAAUAAUGAUAAUAAUAAUAGUAAUAGUAAUAAUAAAAUCGCAAAUAUUUUUAAUGAAGACGAUGAUACCAUAAAAUUCAUCGAUAGAAGUUGUGAAGAUGACAAUGAAAUUGUCCUUGAUGUUGAAGAGUAAAUAAAUAAUUGAUUAAUUUUUUAUAACAAAAAAAAAACUCAAUUAAUUAUGAAAUUAAGUAUUUUAAUAAUUUUUCUAAUUAUAAAUUUUAUAACAACUUGAAAUUUAAUUUUAAUAUUUGAUAAUAGUGAACAGUAUCAACGGUUUAGCCCUUGGGGCCUUUGGCGUGGCAGAAAAUUGACUUUCACUUUUGUGACCCCUGACGAUUUAACAUUAAGGGUUUAUUUUGCAAUAUACCCGAAAUCGUAUGAGUAAACGUAUCGUAUACAGUAAAAAAUAUUGUGUAUCUGUGUUAAAAACGGUCCGUAUUCAAUUUUUUGUGUUGAUUAUUUUGUGUCGAAUCAACACAAUUUUCUGUGUUACUUUCAAAUUUUUAAUCGAUCUACUAUUCAACACUUUAAAAGUGUUACCUAGUACAAAAUCGAUAUUAUCAACAUUUAUUAAGUGUUACUUUAAAAUUAACACAUAAAAAAUGUUGAAGCGACAGUUGAAUUGUGUUAAAAAAAAAACUUUCUUCUAUUCACGCGGGAAGCGCCAUUAAGCAUCAGUUUUGCUUGGUUAGUUAUUAUUUUUGUGACAUUGAUUUUAUUUAUUUUCAAUUAGACAUAAAAAAAAUAAAGUUGACAAAGUUCAUGAUUCGCAUAGUAAAAAAAAAAAAAAUUAUUUAAAAAUUGCAUC